GAAAACUACUUAUCGUAGAAUUUUCCCAGUAUUUUUUCAGAGCUUAUAAUAGCUUAAUCUAUAGAAAUUUGGGAUAAAAAGGGCAUGUCACAAAAUCGAGGUUCUUAAAACAUUGUGCUACGUCAUAAAUCGUAAACCGCAAUUUACCUUUCAUUUAAUCAACUCAAAUAUAAAAAAUAAUAAACUUUUAAUAUUUUGUUACUGCUACGGAACCCUUCAUGAGAGAGUCCGGCUCGUACUUGGCCGCUUUUUAUAUUUAGAUUACCAACGGUCGAGUUGGAUAUGUUUUGUAUUAUCACACUGGGUUUAAUAUUUGUAUUAAAACAUUUUUUAUGAAACGACGGAAGAAUUCAGUUUUGCACUUAAUUAAUUUGCAAUUUGAAUUAUUUACCUGUUACUGUUUAUAAGACUAAGCUGAUUGUGUAAGCUGUGGAUAGUGUAUUUCACUGCAUGUGUGUUAUUGAAAUUAACAGUAAUACUAUUUUAUAUAUGGUAAAUGUGUAGUUGUUAACUAUUCCCAAUAAAAGAAAAAAAAGACAGCCCAAUAAUAAACGGACAGAUAGACGACAGCUAAGGCUUAGUAUUAGUUUAACGUUGUCACCUAGUAUUACUGUCAAAAUAAAGAUAAAUAUAUUUGCUGAUUCGGACACGCUUCGAUGAACACGGCUUAUAUAAAAUUUCACACACACAUUUCACAAUAUAGUACAGUACAGGCGCUUCGAUUGAGUAAAAUGUUAGCCAUAGUAUUGUUGUGCGCCAGCACAUUGCUGCCUGCGUCGGAGGCGCAAGAAUCGAAGUUGGUGCAGAUAAACCAGGGUCCAGUUAUUGGACAUAAGGCGCAGGAUGAAAAUGUUUUCGUUUUCAACAGUAUUCCAUAUGCGACUGUACCUACAGGAGCACAACGGUUUAAGGCACCUCUCGCCCCCCCAACUUGGGUAGAACCUUUUGAUGCAAUAGACAAAGGUAUCAUCUGCCCUCAAUUUUCAGUUCCAGCAGGUAAAACUGCUCAAGAAGACUGUCUCGUCGCUAGCGUUUACGUGCCUAAUACAAAUAAGACAAAUUUACCUGUGAUGAUAAUCAUUCACGGAGGACAAUUCCUCGUAGGCUAUGGAGAUGUAACCACACCCAGACAAUUGGUAAACUCACAAAAAGUUAUAGUGGUGACAUUCAAUUAUAGACUGGGCAUUCACGGUUUUUUGUGUUUGGGAACUAAAGAUGUACCCGGAAAUGCUGGAAUGAAAGAUCAAGUUGCAUUACUGCGGUGGGUAAAGCAAAAUAUAGCAUCCUUUGGUGGGAAUCCUGAUGAAGUCACCAUCGUUGGAUGCAGCGCUGGCGGUUCCUCCGUUGACCUCCUGAUGAUCUCGAAGCUUACAAAAGGCUUAUUUAAAAGGGUCAUAGGAAUGAGCAGUGCCAAUGUCGGAGUAACGAGCGUACAACUUGAUCCUGUAGAAUACGCUAGAACUCAGGCAAGAAGGUUUAAUUAUGAUGCAGCUAAUCUUCACGACCUCGAACAAUUUUACAAGAAUGCUUCGUCCGCAUUACUUAUAUCUGAUCCUCCAAUAUUUAAUAAAAAUUCGAGUGUCGGUUUCACACCUUGCGUAGAGCGGGACAUAGGGCAGGAAAUGUUCCUGGAAGAUAGCCCUUUUAACAUAUUAAAGAGCGGCGAUUAUGUUAAGUAUCCGGUUUUAUAUGGAUUCACUGAAAGAGAUGGUUUAUUUAGAAUAGAUUACUUUGAUACGUGGAAGAAUGAUAUGAAUAAGAAUUUUUCAGAAUUUCUUCCCGCCGAUUUGACAUUUAAAGAUCCUAUUAUAAAAGAAUUAGUAGCUGAAACAGUGAAAAAGUUUUAUUUUGGCAAGCAAGUAAUCGGUAAUAACAAUGUUCUGCAGUACGUUGAUUAUUUCACGGAUGUGAUAUUCGCAUACCCAAUGCUGCGUUCUCUUAAUUUGCAAGUCAAUGCUGGCAAUCAUAAAAUGUACCUACAUGAAUACUCUUUUGUUGACAAUGAUUCAGCGUUGAUACCGUAUGCCAAUAUAAGAGGAGCAGCACAUUGCGCACAAGGCUUUGCGGCUGUUGAUCAAAACUAUUCGAAUUUAUCAGACCAGUACAAGAAUAUGAAAUCAAUAAUAAGAGAAGUGUGGAUCAAUUUUGCAACAACAGGAAAUCCCGCCCCCGAGGGUUCUACGGCGUUACCUCGAUGGCCGCCAGCGAAUGCAAACAGAUCUCCGUGCAUGGAAUUUGGACAAACCGUGGAGUUGAAACCAACAGUUAUACCGCUACGCGCAACAUUAUGGGAUCUCAUAUACGCAUUAUUCUAUCGUAACCCGAUUCCACCCACGCCUGGGUUUUGAAUGAUUCACUUCUAACUGAAGUCCGAGACGGCAAUUUUAUUGAAACUGUCUUCAUAAUCUUUGUUAGUUUUACUUGAAUUUCUAUAUGAAUUAUUAUUACCUUAUUGUUUUUCAAACUAUUAGUCUGAAAAUUUUUAGAUUAUAAGUUGGUGAUAGUUUUACUAACAAAAGAUAGAACACUAAAUGUUGCUGUACCGUACCUAACAAGAACAACAAAUAAAAAAAAAAUUAAAAUAAAUAUGCUUAAACCUAAUUCAGUAUUUUAAUAGUGGUCGAUCCAAUUAUUUAUUUAAUGUAUUUUUUGGACAUUUGAUUUGAUAAACGGUUUAAAAUAUGAAACCAUGUAAAUUUUGAAGAAUGAAAUGAGCAAACUGACAGACUUGACUUUCAGUUAUUAUCAAAACUUUGUUUUUAUAUUUUUUUUAUUUAUUUCCUAAGAGAUAAGCAUAGGGUGAGAGGUAGAACUUUUAUCAUUUUUAUGAAGAAAUUCAUGUUUUUCAUAGAUCCAUGUCCAUAGAAUACUAUGGAACUUAGGAGUAAAAUCAGAUCAGAUAAAAUUUUGACAAUUUAAUGUUAAAACUGAUACGUAAGCUUAAGUAUUAAUAAAAAUGUACUGCAAUGUUUCUAUGGGCAUCCAUUCCCUUAGUUAAAAUAUGGGGUUAAAUUUUCAAUGGAACCGUCAGCGUCACUUUGAAGAAAGAAACUUAAAAACUGAUAUGUGAAGGUAUUAAGUUGGGGUUAAAAUUUGAGCCGAAAUUUGUAAUUCACGCGUUUGAAGUCGCCGGCAUAAAACUUGUAUCUUAAUAGUUGUUUGAAGCAAUAAAAAAAAACAAUCAAUAAGCCAUGCUAUGAAACCUAUACAAAUAUUACACGAAAAGUAAUUAUAUUUGUCUAUCUUUCAGUUCAUGUAUAAAAUAGGUUAACGCUUAAACUACUUAUAUUAACAAUUUUGAUGUAGACAUAAAAGGGACUUCGGAAAACGACAUAGAUUCGAUUAGUCACAGUUUUUUUUAUUACAAGGAGUGAAUAAAUAAAGGAUGAAAGUUGGUAGAAGAAACCAAUAUUUGUAAACGAAGUUCUGGACGUUAGUUAGACGUAAGUAGGACUUGUUGGCUUUAAUUGUGGGCCCCAAAAUUUGUGUUUUCAAUAGCAGAGUCGAGUUGAAUUGUUUACCUAGGACAGUAGGUUUUCCCUCUCGAUGCGGAGCAUAGUAGCGAGACGGCUUGGAAGGAGUCGCCUCUCUCUGUGAUAACGUCAUUUCAAAGAAGGAGGAGGCCGAGAGGGAACAGCAGGACAAUCAUCUGGCCGUCCCCUACCACCGCAAUAGAACAGGCACGGAAAGGCGAAGGUGCGCGCUGGCUGCGCACGUGCAGUGACCCCAUGUAAUC